CGACGCUGCCGCGGGUUCAGCGGGGAAAUUUCUCGUGCAACUAAAAGGAAAAAGGACGGCUGCCUCUGGAACUAAAUUAGUGGCACUGUCCGUUAUCAUGGCGACAAUCCGGCCUUUCGAUAAAAUGCCUAUGCUUAACGCCGCCGCAUUGCUGUUAGUUGGGACUGAAGAAAGUCAUAGAGAACAGCUGGCAAGUGCUAUGCUGAAAGAGCCAAAAACCUUUGAAGUGAAGAUUCACAUGGCACAAUCACUUCCUCUGCCUUAUGAAAGGGAACACUUACGGCCUCGGUUUGAUAUGGUGGUGUUUCUUAUCAACCUUCACAGCCAGCUCAGCCUCUCCACCAUACUUGCAUCUCUCACACAGUUAGAUGUUAACUUCUUCCUUGGAAAAGUGUGUUUUGUGGCCACUGGAGGUGGCCAAGUGAAACACUGUAUGGUUGAUAUAGCCACAGUGAAGAAGCUGGCUGACACGCACCUGAGUACCCUGCUUUUUUCUGAGUUUGCUAGUGAAGAUGAUGUGACCUGUACAGCGCAGAGGCUGCUGCAGAUGUUGAAAAUUUGUGCAGGAUUGGUUCCUGGUAUCUCUGCACUGUAUCUAGGAUCAUUCAUGAGUAGCACUUUACAGACAGACCAGUUUUAGCUCAUUUCUGCCUGUCACUGCAGCCAAAGCAGGAAUGAUAUACAGAAUCCUAUAGAGAACUGGGGCAGCUCCACAAAAUCUGCUGUUUCUUUAAAAAGCCUAAUUUUAUUUCUGCUCAGUAGCAGCACCCAUCACUUUCUUACCUCCCCUCUGAAAUGUUAAAUCUUCUGCUGCCAUUGCACUGCCAUUAUGUAAUCAUAUACUGACUUAGUGUUUAUUUAUAAAAUCAUUCAGAGCCAUUUCA